UUUCCCAACCAUUAUUUAUUUUUCCGUAAAAUUGUCAGAGUUAAAAAAAAUUGAAAUUAGUUGAGAAAUACAGUUUAAUUAAGUGAAAUAAUAAUCAAAAUGGAUCUUUUAACUGUGCCUUUAAAGAAGCCAAAUGAGGUUGAUUUGGUAAAGCCUCUAAAGAGCCUGAUUCAGAGCUCAAAUGUAAAACCAGCAGAUAGCUCACAAAUGGAAAAAAUAAAUUCCUUUAACAAACAGAGAAAUCAUGCAGUUUUCAAGGUAUUCGAGAAAAAUGAAGCCGCUCUAGAAGCAAUUUAUGCGUAUUAUGACCAAUUGAAUGCUUUGGAAGUAAAAAUCCCAAUUCAUGAGUUUCAAGUACCAUUCAAAUACAAAGAUGCAUUUGAUAAAGGUUCGAUUUUUGGAGGAAAAGCAAGCUUAACUUUAUCGUCGCUUGCGUUCGAAAAAGUCUGUGUACUUUUCAAUAUUGCGGCUCUUCAGAGCUCUAUUGCUGCAUCUCAAUGCUUUGACAGCGAUGAAGGACUUAAGACAGCUGCAAAAUUGUUCCAACAAUCUGCUGGAAUUUUCUCACACUUAAAAUCUGCAGCACCAGCUUUAGGACAGGAACCAACACCAGAUUUAUCACCUGAUACACUUCAUGUUUUAUCAAUUUUAAUGUUAGCUCAGGCACAAGAAGUUUGUUUACUCAAAGCAAUUAAAGAUGGAAUGAAGGAUCAAAUUAUAGCAAAAUUAGCAUGUCAAAAUGACGAGAUGUAUGCUGAUGUAUUAAAGACAAUGCAAAAAGAAUCGACUAGAUCAUUGUGGGAUAAGGAAUGGCUUCAAGUUGUUUGUGGAAAACAAGCAGGAAUUCACGCUAUUACUUUAUUAUAUCAAUCAAAUGUGUUUAAUGCUUCGAAAAAAAUUGGACAGCAAAUCGCUGCAUUACAAAAAGCAAUAGAUCUUUUUAAGACAGCACAAAGUCGCGCUGGUAAGCCAGUUUAUGAAGAAUAUAAUAAGAAAGCGCAACUUAAGCUUGUAGAAGCUAAGAAAGAAAAUGAUUUUAUCUAUAAUGCCAUGAUUCCUGAUCCUUCAUCAUUGGAAUCAUCUGGAAAGUUUCAGUUAGCAAAAACUAUUCCAAUUACUGCUCCAAUGAGUAGCAAUUUCAAGGAUUUGUUCAGUGAUUUGAUUCCUGUUGCUUUGCAGCAUGCCAUUCAUAAUUGUGAUGCACAGAAAUCAGAGAUUGUUAAUGCAGAAAUAAUGAAAUUAAGAGAUGCAACUCAAACGUUAAAUGGUGUUUUGUCAAGCUUAAAUUUACCAGCUGCAAUUGAAGUUAACACGCCAGGACAUAGUUUGCCACCGUCACUUUUAGAAAAGGCAAAUGAAGUUCGCGAUAAAGGAGGCGUUCAAAGCAUUCAAACACUUAUUGAUGAACUACCAGAAUCAUUAACAAGGAACAAAGAGAUUCUCGAUGAAACUGAGAGAAUGAUGAAUGAAGAAAGAGAGUCUGAUAAUCAACUUCGUAAUCAAUUUAAAGAAAAAUGGACACGUACUCCAUCUGAUAAAUUAACGGAAGUAUUCAGGUCAAGCGCAUCAAAAUAUCGUGAAAUUAUUAACAAUGCGAUAACUGCUGAUAAAGUUGUAAGACAAAAGUUUGAGAGUAACCUUCAUGGAAUUGAGACGCUCACAAAACCACCAAAUGAAUUACAAAAUGGUAUUCCAGCAGCAAGUGGUGCUGUUUCUAAUAGUUCAUCUGUUUUAAAAUUGAGAGCCUUGAUGGAAUCCGUUGAAACAAUGAAGGUUGAACGUGAUGUUAUUGAAUCGGAACUUAAAUCUGCGACAGUUGAUAUGAAAGAUCAAUUUUUGAAUGCAUUGGCUCUCGACGGAGCAAUUGAUCCUGCGGCAACUGUCUCAUUUGUAGGAAAAGCAUUAUCGCCAUUACAAAAACAAGUUGCUGACAGUAUUGGACGUCAACAAUCAUUAAUUCAGGAUAUUCAAGAUGCACAUAGCUCAUUUACAGCUGAAGUUGGAUCAGGCUCGAACAAACGAGAUCAACAGUUGUCACAAUUGGCAUCAGCCUAUGAUAUUUUCACGGAACUACAACACAAUUUAAAAGAGGGUUCAAAGUUUUACUCUGACCUUACACAGCUUUUGAUCGUUUUCCAAAAUAAGGUUUCUGAUUUCUGCUUUGCACGUAAGACAGAAAAGGAAGAACUUAUGAAAGACUUGACAGCAGAAACUUCUCGUGUUGCUUCUGGCUUUCAACAACCAAAUAUUCCAAGUCAUCACGGCUCAGCACCACCACCACCAGUUCCGGUCCAAGAACAGCAAUCAACAGUUCCAGCUGUUCCAUAUCCUAUUCAAAUGCAAGGAAUGCCUCAACCAGUUAUGGGAUAUAACUUUAUGCCUCAAAUGCCAGCAUCAUUUAAUCCAUACGCUACAUUACCAACAGGUGGAAUUCCUUAUCCUCAAGCAUUUAGCUUUCCACAGGCUCCUGGUACACAAUAUUAUGGCACCUAUCCUGGAGCAUAUGGACAACAGAUUCAACAAGGAAAUUAUCCAUAUGCUGCUCCACCGAACCCAAAUAAUCCACAAAAACCUUACGGGUUUUAAAAGUAGAUGAGCAUUUCUUUUUCUCAACAAGGAAUUAUUUUUUUUAUCGAACAUAAUUAAGUGCAUUGCACAAUGUAAUUUUUAAAGAAUUAAUCAUCAUUAUAAUUCAUGUUAUUCAAAAGUUAAUGAAAUUAAUAAAUUUAAUAUGCAUAGUAUCUAGUGUCUUGUAAUCUUUAAGAGUUAAGGAUACAUCUUGGAAGUUUAAUCGUGUGUAGUCGUUCCAUCUUUGAAUUU